AGGCCGCGGGCCUUUCUCCAACGGCACCCUGGGCUGCCCCUGCCCCUGCCCCGUUGCAGCCGGGACCUUCCUUAUUGAGGGGUUGCUCUUCCCGGGACAAGGACCGAAGUGCGACAGUCGCUAGUUCUGUGCCCAUGCCCGCUGGAGGGAAAGGUAGCCGUCCCACUUGCCCCGGAUCUGCAUCUCAGAGAACCCCCAACCGUCUCAUCCACGAGAAGUCCCCAUACUUGCUCCAACAUGCCUACAACCCUGUGGACUGGUACCCCUGGGGACAGGAAGCCUUUGAGAAGGCCAAGAGCGAAAACAAGCCCAUUUUCCUCUCAGUGGGGUACUCCACCUGCCACUGGUGCCACAUGAUGGAGGAGGAGUCUUUUGAGAACGAGGAGAUCGGCCGCCUGCUCAGCGAGGAUUUCAUCUGCGUGAUGGUAGACAGGGAGGAGCGGCCGGACGUGGACAAGGUGUACAUGACCUUCGUGCAGGCCACCAGCAGUGGGGGCGGCUGGCCCAUGAGUGUGUGGCUGACUCCCAGCCUCCAGCCCUUUGUGGGGGGCACCUACUUCCCCCCUGAGGAUGGUCUGACCCGAGUUGGCUUCCGCACAGUGUUGCUGCGAAUACGGGAGCAGUGGAAACAGAACAAGAACACCCUGCUGGAGAACAGCCAGCGGGUCACGGCGGCCCUGCUGGCCCGCUCCGAGAUCAGCAUGGGCGACCGGCAGCUGCCGCCCUCCGCUGCCACCAUGAACAGCCGCUGCUUCCAGCAGCUGGACGAGGGCUACGACGAGGAGUACGGUGGCUUCGCUGAGGCCCCUAAGUUCCCCACGCCUGUGAUCCUGAGCUUCCUGUUCUCCUACUGGCUCAGCCAUCGACUGACUCAGGACGGCCCUCGGGCCCAGCACAUGGCCUUGCAUACCCUGAAAAUGAUGGCCAAUGGGGGCAUCCGGGACCACGUGGGGCAGGGCUUUCACCGCUACUCCACGGACCGCCAGUGGCACGUCCCCCACUUUGAGAAGAUGCUCUACGACCAGGCCCAACUGGCUGUGGCCUACUCCCAGGCCUUCCAGAUCUCUGGUGAUGAAAUCUACGCUGAUGUGGCCAGAGGCAUCCUGCAGUAUGUGUCCCGGAGCCUAAGUCACCGGUCUGGAGGCUUCUACAGCGCGGAGGAUGCAGACUCGGCCCCCGAGCGGGGCAUGCGGCUCAAAGAGGGUGCCUUCUACGUGUGGACGGUCAAAGAGGUCCAGCAGCUGCUCCCUGAGCCCGUGCAGGGUGCCACCGAGCCACUGACCGCGGGCCAGCUCCUCAUGAAGCACUAUGGGCUCACAGAGGCCGGCAACAUCAACCCCAAUCAGGACCCCAAGGGGGAGCUGCAGGGCCAGAACGUGCUGACCGUCCGAUACUCGCAGGAGCUGACGGCUGCCCGCUUUGGCUUGGACGUGGAGGCCGUGCAGACCUUGCUCAGUUCAGGGCUGGAGAAGCUCUUCCAGGCCCGGAAACAUCGGCCAAAGCCGCACCUGGACUCCAAGAUGCUGGCUGCCUGGAACGGGCUGAUGGUGUCGGGCUAUGCGGUGACUGGGGCUGUCCUGGGCAUGGAGAAGUUCAUCAACUGUGCCAUCAGUGGGGCCAAGUUCCUAAAGCGGCACAUGUUUGACGUGGCCAGCGGCCGCCUGAUGCGGACCUGCUACGCGGGGUCUGGGAGCACGGUGGAGCACAGCAACUCGCCCAGCUGGGGUUUCCUGGAGGACUAUGCCUUCGUGGUGCGGGGCCUGCUCGACCUAUAUGAGGCCUCCCAGGAGAGUGCGUGGCUCGAGUGGGCGCUGAGGCUGCAGGACACGCAGGACAGGCUCUUCUGGGAUUCGCGGGGUGGUGGCUACUUCUGCAGCGAGGCCGAGCUGGAGGCUGGCUUGCCCCUGCGCCUCAAAGACGACCAGGACGGCGCAGAGCCCAGCGCUAACUCCGUAUCAGCGCACAACCUGCUCCGGCUGCACGGCUUCACGGGUCACAAGGACUGGUUGGACAAGUGUGUGUGCCUGCUCACCGCCUUCUCAGACCGCAUGCGCCGCGUCCCUGUGGCGCUGCCCGAGAUGGUCAGGGCCCUCUCCGUCCACCAGCAGACCCUCAAACAGAUUGUGAUCUGUGGAGACCCCCAGGCCAAGGACACCAAGGCUCUGUUGCAGUGUGUCCACUCUGUCUACGUCCCUAACAAGGUGCUGAUCCUGGCCGAUGGCGACCCUUCGAGCUUCAUAUCCCGCCAGCUGCCCUUCCUGAGCACCCUGCAGCAGCAGGAGAACCAGGCCACGGCCUACGUGUGCGAGAACCAGGCCUACUCCGUGCCCAUCACCGACCCCUGUGAGCUGCGCAAACUGCUGCUCCAGUGACCAUCCCAACCUCCGCCUGCUGAGGUGGAAGAUGCUGCUUCCCAACUGACCAGAGACUAGCGCCUGCUGGGCGCAGGCCUCCUCAGCCACCCUCGCUGCCACCCCCACGGGUAGUCAUGUCCCCUGGAAUAAACCUCAUA